AGUCCUGCGCAUGCUCAGUGCCACCCGCUCUUGGCUAGCGCGGCCUGGGACGGUGCAGCGGGUUCGCGUGUUGCGGGUCUCUCAUGGAGGCUCCCGGGACGCCAGGCGGCGGGGUCUUGAAAGAUGUAGUGGCCUAUGUUGAAGUCUGGUCAGUAAACGGAACAGAAAAUUAUUCAAAGACAUUUACAAACCAACUUGUGGACAUGGGAGCAAAGGUUUCAAAAACUUUUAACAAACAAGUAACUCAUGUGGUGUUCAAAGAUGGAUACCAGAGCACUUGGGACAAAGCGCAGAAGAGAGGGGUGAAGCUUGUCUCAGUGCUCUGGGUCGAAAAAUGCAGGACAGCUGGAGUACAUAUUGAUGAAUCACUCUUCCCUGCAGCUAACACCAGGGAACACUUACCAAGCCUAAUUAAAAAAAAACGUAAGUGUAUGCAGCCCAAAGAUUUUAUUCCUAAAACGCCAGAACAUGAUAAAAGACUUCAGAAGAAAUUUCAGAAAAUGGCUACAGAGCUCCAGAGGCAAAAAACAACUCUGGAUAAUGAUGUCCCUGUUCUCUUAUUUGAAUCUAAUGGCUCAUUGGUGUACAGUCCCACAAUUAAAAUGUGCAGCGGCCAGCACAACACCAUGCAGAAGAGGUUACAGCAGAUGAAGGAGAAAAGGGAGAACCUGUCACCUACCUCUUCCCAGCUGCUUGAGAAGUCUCACGAUGACCCAUUUAAGUCCCCGUGUGAAGCUUGGAACAUUUCACGUGAUACUUUGUGUUCAGAUGAAUCCUUUGCUGGUGCUCUGGACUCCUCUUUUGACAAUCUUUCUGGAAACUCAGGGUGUGGAAGUCAGGAGAGGAGAGUGGGAGAAGUCGUUGAUGAAAGUAGAAGUGGUGUGUGUGUUUCUUCACCUGCACUGAAGACCGGUAGUGUUCAUUCGUCGGCACCUGCUGGUCCUUCAGCUUCCCUAAAGACCGGUAGUGUUCAUUCAUCGGCACCUGCUGGUCCUUCAGCUUCCCUGAAGACCGGUAGUGUUCAUUCGUCGGCACCUGCUGGUCACCUCAGCCAGUUAACUCCUCAGAAUCCCUCGGGCCGUCUUUCAGAACAAGAAGUAAGUCGGCAGAGGGAUCCUGCGGGUGAAGCGGUCACCCCCGACACGUGGUCCGGGGGAGCACCCAGGGAGGUGUUUGGCAUGAAACACGGUCUGCCCCCUACGUUAUCUGCGACAGAACGCCACCCUUGGGGACAUUCACGAUCUGAGAGCUCCUCGGCGAAGAGAAGAAGAAAGUCUGAGAUCUCAGAUUCGUCCCCAACAGGAAGACUAAAGAAGAGAUGCCGUGGGAAACCCGGCGUGUCACAGGAGUGGCUCCUCGCGUCGGGGGACCGCCUGCACUUCGGGCCCGGGGCUGCCGCCCUGGCUCCUGGCUGCGGCGUGUCCUCGUACGACGAUUACUUUUCACCUGACAACCUCAAGGAGAGGAGCUCGGACGGUCUUCUCCCCGCGUGUCAGUCGUCAGCGGGCCCUGCUCUCUUCAUCUGCAGAGGCCUCUCUCGGGGGGAGAGAAGGAACAUACUGCAGACGUCUGACUUCUCCUGCAUUGGGAAGAAUCCCAGCCCAGCCCCCACGAGCGAUUUAACGGCACAAAGUCGCCGCAGUCUUGAGAAGCCCACACGUGACAAAGCAAACGCAGCGUGGGCUUGCCUGGCCGCUGAGGAAACCGCAGGGAGUCGUCCUCAGGCUGGCGCUCAGACAGGGGAGGGCACGCGCCCAGAUGGCGCAGACUCUCCGGUCCACGACGCACUGCCUGCUGCGGACGGGCUCGGCGGGAAGGGACCUGACAGGGACUCACGCCCCCUGGAAGGGGGCAGCACGGAAGCCAGAGAGCUGAUGGGCGCGGGGAGCGUGCAGAAAGAAGACCGCCCUCGGACGAAGCGGGAGUCCUGCGGUGGGACGCAGCCUGACGACCGGCUGGGUUUUGCAGGCGACUGCACCGCGGACACCUCCGCCCAACAGAGGGAAGAUGUGUGCAGAGGAUGCAGUGAAAGUGUUAAAAACGGACCAGCAAGGCCUGAUGUGUUAGAUGGCUCAUUGGAGGGCUGUCAGGAUCUCGCCAGACCUCAUGAGAAAUCAAAGAAAAGAGGGAGAGGCCAAAAGCCAACAAGAACAUUAGUCAUGACAAGCAUGCCAUCUGAAACACAGAACAUCGUCAUCCAGGUUGUGAACACAUUGAAGGGCUUUUCACUUGCCCAGGGGUGUGAAACUACUACCCGUGUGCUCGCCGGCAAGCCUCUGCGCACUCUGAAUGUGCUGCUGGGAAUUGCCCGUGGCUGCUGGGUUCUCUCUUAUGAGUGGGUACUGUGGUCUUUGGAGCUGGGUCAUUGGAUUUCCGAGGAGCCGUUUGAACUUUCUAACUACUUCCCCGCAGCUCCUCUCUGCCGCCUGGAGCGCCACUUAUCUGCAGGACAGUACCAGGGAACCCUGUUUGCCGACCAGCCUGUGAUGUUCAUCGCCCCGGCCAGCAACCCCCCCAGAACCAAGCUAUGGGAACUGGUCGUCCUCUGUGGGGGUCAGAUCACGAGAAUCCCACGCCAGGCCGGCAUCUUCAUCGGACCCUCCCAAGGAAGGAGGAGGGCGACCGUCAAGUAUCUGUCAGAAACAUGGAUCUUAGAUUCCAUCACUCAGCACCAGGUCUGUGCCUCUGAAAACUACCUGUUGCUUCAGUGAUGGAGCCAUCAGUCAGCACAUGGCUACCGCCACCGGCUCGCAACGUUGUCUUUGGACAUUCAAAUGAGCAAACCCUGACGAGAAGGAAAGGACACAACAUGAUGCCUUUUGACACCAUCACCUGUUUGCCUUGUGUGCCUUGUGGUUUUUACAUAAAGAAGCUCCUUUGUGUGACUUUCUGAUGACUGAAUGUGUUUUAAAGAAGCACUGCCAGCCUAUAGGGGCCUUUUCUGUAUAAUGCCAAUCUUAGUAUUGUGAUAGCGAUCAUGAUUAAAAGCUCCCAGAACCUUGGUCAUUAAAGCACCCAUAGUGUUAAAUAAAGACUGGGAAUUAAAUUGAUUAGUGAGAUCCAACAACCCCCAAA